CUCUCUCUCUCUCUCUCUCUCUCUCUCGCUUUCUCUCUUUACUCAUACACACCUUUUCUUACAAUCUAAGCCAUAAUUGUCAAGAUAUAUACUCGAAAACCCAUCACACAAAUCUGAACCUCCCCAUAACCGGAAAAUGACCUCUACGUGCAUAUCAAACUGCAUUAACGACGCCCGAGUCCCCGUCAGAGCCACCUACGUCAACCUCUACAAGUGGCCGGAAUCCGACGCCGAGUUCGUACGGACGGUGAGCAGCGGCGGCAGUGGUGAUCGGCGGCCGCGCCUGCACCCGAGGGUGGCGGACAGCAUCUCCUGCAGGCAGUUGUACCUCAGGAGCUACACGUUUUCGAGGAAAGAGACGGUUCCCGAGCGGACCAAGAAGUGCCUGGCUCGAGCCAAGGAGAGGGUGGCUCGAGCCGGGAGGAGGGGGAAUGGUCGGGUCCACCAGAAGAGGCGGAUGGCGGUGGCGGGGAGGAGAGUGAAGGACGUAUGGUGCGCCGCCUUGUGCGCCAUUUUUCACAGGCUGCUAACCUGCACUGCUAGUGUAGAUGUUGUGGAGCAUAGUGACCAGUGAGUUUUUUUUUUUUUCCUUGAGUAGGUAAAUAUAGUGAGUUUCCACUAUCAACUUGAGUUAGUGAGUUGUUUUUCCUUUAAAUUUUAUUUUUUAAUCAUGUUUUGCAAUUAAUGUAGUUUAUAUUUAUGUUAACGAAAUUGCAUUAGUCGUGAAA